GAGGGUGGUGGUGGAGGGAGGCGGGGAAAGGCGGGAUGCUCCCCUCGGCGGGUUACUUCAGGAGUCUCCCUUGCCCCUUCGACGCCCAUGGGUGCCGGCGGCCCCACUGCCAGUACAGACACGGGGCCCUUGGGCGCCGCCGACGCCGACGCCUUCAAGGGGAGCCGCCGGUCCCUCAGCCGCGGCCGCUGAGUGGCUCUUCCGCGAUGGGUCUUGAUAAAAAUAUCCAAGAAUUAGAAAUGAUCAACAAAGCAAUUCAAUCAGUCAAGACUGAAGUUGAAGAGCAGAAGAAACUAUUGUGCUCCGACUGGGUGCAAGAUUUCAAAAAUAAUGUGAUUCUUGCAACAAAUCACAACAAAGGAAAUAAAUCUUUCUCUGAUGAAGGUGGUGCCUGUAAUAGUCCUGUAGAAGUAAAAAAUAAUGCCAUUUCAAUCUCAAAGGAAUCAAAAAGGUCCAGUAAAUAUAUUCUUGACCAUAGCUGUCCAGCUACUGAUCUUGAAUAUGACCCAUUACUCAAUUAUUCUGCAGGUCUUGGGUCUUCUUUGAAGGAAGUAGAUAAGAAUGACACACACUACUCUGAAUGUUUUAAAAAAUCUCAUUGUAGAGAUUUACAAGCAUCUAUAAAAACCUUUCCGGGUGAAAAAAGAUUCAGAUCCCCAAGGAAGAGAUCAGUAAGUUCUUCACCAAUAAAACUCCAGGAAUCAGAUGAUGAUAUGCUUAUAAUAGAUGCCCCACCAGUGAAUGUAUCAAAGAAACCAAGAAUAAGCAAGACCUAUAAAAAGUGGAAUAGGGAAAUAAAUGAGAUGAGUUUUGGAGCUAAUUUAGAAACUUGUUAA